CUAGUUACAAAGCCCAGCGUCAGCUGUACUCUCGUUCAACAGCCUGCUAUAUCAGUAUCCGCCUAAUAUCUUAAUAUCAUCCUCACCCCCCUUACGCCCGUUUUAUCUUCAAAACAGCACAAAAAGCAAAACAACAGACAAAAUGAAGACCUCUGCCGUCAUCGUCGCCGUCGCCGCCGCUCUCGUCAGCGCCCAGGCUCCUCCCGAGGGCACCAACAAGGUGUCGUGCGCCAAGCCCAACGCUGCCUACUGCAUGGGCGGCGACAUCAUCGUCCGCUGCGACGCCAACAGCGUUGGCACUGCCGGCCGAUGCUCCGACAACGUUGCCGGAUACCCCCCUCUGGGCGGCGUUGCCGAGUGCUGGCAGAGCUCCGAGCAGGCUGGUGAUGCUGCCUGCCAGAAGAACUGCGUCGUCUACGCUCAGCCUUCCUUCACCCUGGCUGCCUCUGAGUGCACUCCCAGCUUCACUGCCUCUGCCACCGCUGCUCCCACCACCCUGGAGAGCUCCGUGGUUGUCACUUCCACCGUCGUCUACUCCACCCCCAACGGCACCGUCCCUACCGUCACCUCCACUCAGGUUCCCCCUCCUGUCCAGACCACCCCCGUGGGCACUGGUGUCCCUCCUCCUCCUCCUUCUGGCGGCAACAACGGCACCUCUCCCAGCGGUACCAACACCCCCGUUGGCCCUACCACCACUGGCGGUAGCACCGGCCCCAGCACCGUCCCUACCAACGCUGCCGUUGCCAACCACGCCACCGGUGCUCUGGCCGUCAUGGGUCUCGUUGCCGCUUACUUCCUGUAAGCGAGCAUUCCGUGCUUGCUCGCCUUGCUCUGUCAAGUUGGCAUAACGUUUUACGACUGAAUUCAAUAUCUCACCAUGUGUGGGCAUGUUUAUGAAAUGUCUGGAGCGGACAGAAUGAAGAAAAACGAGAAAACCAUUUCAUUUCAUCUAGUGGAAUCUGUGCGGGAAAGCAAAAGGAUUGCCAGUCAUGAUGUUGCUCGACUACCUCCUCUUGCGAGUGGUUGUACAUAACGUCGCAGCAAAUGGGAAGGAAGCGGAAAGUCAUGAUGGAGGGCGGGAGGAUAUUAUACCUUGGGGGACUAAUGUUUGGACACGGGAGUUUGCUUGUUUUGCUUUUUGCCGUUAUCUACCUAUUAGAUAUCGACGUAUGACGGAGAUUACGCAUUAUACCUUUCUACAUG